AUGUUACGAAAACGUUUGAUUGAUCAACUGAGUGUAUCAGAUUCUUGUGAAGAGUCAUUAAUAUUAGAAUUUAAAAAUAAAUGUGGUUAUGAAUAUACAUCAAAACUUGAACAAAUGAUUCAAGAUAUUCAUUUAAGCGACGAUUUAACUAAACAAUAUCGAACUUAUGAGAAAAAUAUAUAUGGAAAUGAAAAUAAAUUGAUUUGGACAAUUGAACAAAUUCAAGACAAAACACAUAUUCAGUCGGAAUUAUUAUCAGACAUUCUCUCAGGCUUGUUGAAAAGUAAAUUAUUAAUAUCUGACGAUCCUCUUACAUUGAAUAGUCGAAUUAAACUAGCAGAAAAUUUCAUAAGUGAUAAAACUCGAUUGAAUUUAAAUCUUCCAUUCAGACCGAACGAACAAAAAGAUCGAAGUCAUCUAGUAAAAACAACGAUUGAUGAACGUCAAAUGGUUAUUCAAGCUGCUCUCGUUCGAAUAAUGAAAAGAGAACGAACACUAAAACAUUCAUUAUUAAUACAAGAAGUUAUUCAACAAUUAACUUCAAGUUUUAAACCAGAUAUAUCUUUGAUCAAAAAGUAUAUUGAAAUAUUAAUUGAAAAAGAAUAUUUUCAAAGAGAUUCAAACAAUAAAGAUACUUUACAUUAUUUGGCUUGA